GGCGCGCGCGCGAGCGACUCGCGCUCCAAUCUACCUUGCCCGGGAGGAGGAGGGCGCGAAAGCCGGCGAGUCGUGCGAUUGGCUGCGGAGCACCGCGCGCCAGAAUUGCUGUUGGGUGCCAGCGAACCAGCAGCGAAUUGCUAGUCUCCAGUUUAGGGGCAAGUUGGUCUUCACUUUCUCCGGGCAAAUUGCAGCAAGUUUAAUAGCCGUAAACCCUAGCGUCCUGCUGUCCCUCCUUGCUUUGCCCCCCGCCCCCCAGAGGAAUCAGCAUGCUGACUCACGCCGACUAGACAUCUGCAGUGUUAAAUAGAAAAUAAAUAACGAAAAGAUAAAAGGGCAGCACACCCUCACGGCGUGGAAGUUAUCACUAAUGGGAUUGAAGUUCAAUUUGCUGCUCGAGGAAAAAACGCAGUUAAGUCAGCCGCAACCGUGGAGCUGGUCGUUGGCGAUUCGAGUACGGGGAUGAUCAGAAUUUUCCCGGAUUUCAGUGUACAAGUAACGGCAGCAACUAGUGGAGGAGGCGGUGCGGUUACUGCAGCACCUGGAGUGGGAAGAGCUGCUGCCGCUGCUAAUGGGACACCCCAGGACGUGGGGCUAACAUCUUACCAGCAACGAGGACCUUCAUUCUGCUACCAAGCUUCAGUCAUGCCAAGUUUACAAGCCCUGCGGAAGGAGAAAUCUCGAGAUGCAGCCCGAUCUCGCCGAGGAAAAGAAAACUUUGAGUUCUACGAAUUGGCAAAACUACUGCCACUCCCAGCAGCCAUCACAAGCCAGUUAGAUAAGGCAUCAAUAAUUCGUCUUACCAUUAGUUAUCUGAAAAUGAGGGACUUUGCGAACCUAGGUGACCCUCCCUGGAAUUUAAGGAUGGAGGGUCCCCCUCCUAAUACAUCUGUGAAAGCUUUAGGAACACAACGUAGGAGAAGUCCAAGUAACAUCGCUAUCAAUAUGUUUGAACGGAAUUUGGGAAGCCAUAUUCUACAGUCUUUGGAUGGAUUUAUAUUUGCACUAAACCAAGAAGGAAGGUUUUUAUACAUCUCUGAAACUGUCUCCAUCUACUUAGGCCUUUCACAGGUGGAACUGACAGGCAGCAGUGUGUUUGAUUAUGUCCACCCUGGAGACCAUGUGGAGAUGGCAGAGCAACUGGGCAUGAAACUUCCCCCAGGGCGAGGCAUUCUCUCACAGGGUACCGCAGAGGAUGGAGCCAGCUCAGCAUCUUCGUCCUCACAGUCUGAGACCCCUGAGCCAGAAUCCACUAGCCCGACUUUACUGAAUAUUGACAAUACCUUGGAACGAUCAUUUUUUAUCAGAAUGAAGUCAACAUUGACCAAGCGGGGAGUUCAUAUCAAAUCAUCAGGCUAUAAGGUCAUUCAUGUAACAGGACGGUUAAGAUUGCGAGUUUCUCAUUCCCAUGGACGUGUACUGCCCACUCAAAUCAUCGGCCUAGUCGUUGUGGCUCAUGCUUUGCCUCCUCCAACAAUAAAUGAAGUUCGGAUUGACUGCCAGAUGUUUGUCACCAGAGUAAAUAUGGACCUAAGUAUAGUUUACUGUGAAAACCGUAUUAGUGACUACAUGGACCUAACUCCAGUAGAUAUCGUGGGUAAAAGAUGCUAUUACUUCAUUCAUGCUGAGGACGUGGAAGGGAUCAGGCAUAGUCACUUGGAUUUAUUGAAUAAGGGCCAAUGUGUAACAAAGUACUAUCGCUGGCUGCAGAAAAAUGGAGGCUACAUUUGGAUCCAGUCCAGUGCCACUAUUGCAUUCAAUGCAAAAAAUGCCAGUGAGAAAAAUGUUAUCUGGGUUAAUUACGUUCUGAGUGACUUCGAGUAUAAGGACAUCCCAAUGGAUAUUGCACAGCUUCCUAAUCUUCCCGAAAAAACGUCCGAAUCGUCUGAGACUUCUGACUCUGAAUCUGACUCUAAAGAAAACUCAGAGGACAAUGAAAAUUCCAAGUCAGAUGAGAAGGGAAACCAGUCUGAGAACAGUGAUGAUCCGGAAUCAGACAGAAAGAAACAAUCCGGGAGCCACUCCGACCAUGAAAUGAACUGCAAUGACGAUGACAAUAGCUCCAGCAAUCAGGAUAGCAGGGACAGUGAUGACAGUUUUGAAAAUUCAGAAUAUGAGAGUCAGAAAGUAGCUGAGGACAGCUUUGGCACUUUUGGUUCCAUUCAGAUCAAAGUAGAACGGUACCCAGGCAGUGAAUCAGAGAUGCGCUUGCCAAACCGUGAAUCAGUGACGUCAGACAGUGCCAAGGAUUCGGACAGUGCCGGAGAGUUGAACAUCCAGCCUUCCAGUAAACACCAGAAGAGGAAGAAGAGGAGGAAAAAACAAAAGGGAGGGAGUGUCACACGUAGGAGGCUGUCAAGUGCUUCGAGCCCGAGUGGACUUGACUCAAAUUUAGUAGACCAGCCACAACUGCUGUCUUCACCAAACAGUGCCUCAGUGCUUAAAAUUAAAACAGAAAUUACAGAACCUAUAAAUUUUGAUAAUGAUAGCAGUAUUUGGAAUUACCCUCCAAACAGAGAGAUUUCAAGAAAUGAAUCACCCUAUAGUAUGACCAAGCCCCCAAGCUCUGAGCACUUCCCCUCAACACAAGCCAACACUAGUUUACAUGUCACCAUUCCAGACUCUGUUCUUACCCCACCGGGGACAGAAAAUACUGCCAGUCGUAAAACUCACUUUAGCACCUCAUCCAGUGCUACCUUAGCUCCUGCCACAGAUCCUUUAUCCCCUCCCCUAUCAGCUUCUCCCCGCGACAAGCAGCUCAGCAGCACCAGUACUACUAGUUCUGUGCUGUAUACCAGUGACCUGGAGACACUGCAGAGGUUACAGGCCGGUAAUGUGGUACUUCCCCUAGUUCACAGAGUGACAGGAACUCUCGCUGCCACCAGCACUACGCCUCAGAGGGUGUAUACCACUGGCACCAUUCGGUAUGCCCCAGCUGAGGUGACCUUUGCCAUGCAAGGCAACCUGCUGCCUAACACUCAUGCUGUCAAUUUUGUGGAUGUUAACACUUCCAGUUUUGGGCUAGAACCCAAAACACCAAUGGAAAUGCUUUACCACCACGUGCAUCGAAUUAAUAUGUCAGGGCCAUUCGGGAGCACUGUGAGUGGGGCCAGUCUGGCCCAAAUUCCUACAGGAAAUGUGUUCACAACAGCAGAGGGACUCUUUUCCACACUUCCGUUUCCUGUGUACAGUAAUGGUAUUCACACCACACAAACACUGGAACGCAAAGAGGAUUAAACUAUGACCGUAUACUGUGUUCAGUAUUAAAUUCUGAGGCAUAGACAAUGUUUUCAGCUGAAUUCUAGUGCUAUCACUUUGAGCUUGAGCAGGUCAGCUCAUGCCAUCAGUACAACAGUUCUCAUGUCUCAAACUAUGACUAAUCAUUCUGUAAUGUAAAGAGUUAUUUUUUUGCCUUCAGAAAGUUGAAUUACCAGUUAAUUGUAAAUGUUCCUUCCAAGGUGUGUUUUCCUUUGCAUCUUUGUGAAGAUGCCUUUAAUGUGUACAUGCCUCUGCCAUAAGAUGCAAAUGCAAUGGUAAAGAGAUUGUAAAAUGAAAGAAUCACAUAUUAUAAUGUAUAAUGAUCUUGAUAUGAUCAAGGUUGAAGGAGGUAAGUAUAGAAAGCUAACCCUGUUUGACUAAGUCAGACUUUAAAGGGGUUUCUUUUUUUUUCUUUUUAAAAAUAGGGCAUAGUAUUUUGAAAUUUUAUGCAGAGUUUAAUUCUUUUUUAUGAUUCAGAUUUUUCUUACUUGCACAUAAAGCAAUUUAGGUUCUUACAUAAUUUGAUUCUGGCCUGUGACUAGAAUGUUAAACUCUUGAAAACUGUAGGAAGAUGGAAUCCAUGUGUAGUUAAUGAACCAUAAGUAGACAUUACUUUUGCUACCAUGGUGCUACAAUUAUUAAUCUUUGUUGUCUUCAUAAAAUAUGCAGCAUAUGGGCUGGAAUUUAUGGGAGAGUGCUGUUUUGUACUAGACAAAUGUUAGUUGUUAGCUUGUGGCUGCAGUCUCCUCAUUUCUUACGACCAGAAUCUGUGUUAGCAUUUAUUGCAGCCAUGCAAACUUUACCUCCAGACUAAAAAAAACAAAGCCUCAUGCAGUUUUUAUAGUCGUUCUGCCUUUUUUCAAAGUGCUUUAAGGAAACUCAAUGAGAUUGAGUUGAGGCGAAAAACUUGCAUUUAUUUUCAGCUAUAUUUUUUCUCAGUAUAACUGAGACUAAUCUGCAACUUAAAAUAACAUUGUUUUAGAACAUAAGAAGAAUAUUUAACAAGUUAUGUUUCUUUAUCUUUUGUUUACUUCAAUAGAGGAAAUUCUAAUUGUACUUUAGUUAGUGCUGAAGUAGAAAUUCAAGAUUGGGUUUAUAAGCUUGGAAUAGGUACACAAAAUUAAAACUGCACAGAGACUCACAAUUCUAUUUUUCUGUCAUCAUUUUGCCAAAAACCACAUUCUAGUGUUUGACACUAUUUGUGAUUGUCAGUAUAAAUGCUUCUUUCACUCCAUCUUUGGCAGCUGUUCAUUAAGGCAUCUAAUAAUGAGAGUGAGAUUAGUAAUGUGUACAAUGUGUAAGUGUCCUUGACUGUCAGUUCCAUUGCAGAAUUUAAUGUGUGUUACUAUAUGCAGUAUAUACUAAGCUAAUGUGGCAAUAUUGUCCUUUGUCUUCACUGUGCUUUAUCUCUAGUCUGUAAUGGUCAGUUUCAUUACCGCAAUCUUCGUGAACCCGUGAUUCUUGGGAGGUGAUGUUUUUGUGUGAUGGCCUUCCUCUGUAGUGUCACCUUAUUGCUGCUUCCACUGUCUGUAUACCUUUUGUUUCUGCUGUUGCUUUGCUGUGUAUUCUUCCGACCUCUCUCAGAGAUAAAAGACUCUUAACUAGCUCAUGGUUAAUGGAACCAUUUUCACAGAGGAAUUCUGGGUAUGACUUAUCUUCCAUCUUGCCAAACAAUGCACUAAAUAGUCAGGCUCAGAUGUAUGUGACAGAUUGCCGCCAUGGAGCCUCAGCUAUAAACAUUCCCAGAGUCCCUUGUGCUCUUAACUGCAAACAACAGCUAAAACAGCAAAAAAGAGCUGUUUUUUUAAUGUGUCUGUGUUGGUGUCAGAUGGUUUCUGGUGAUUUGAACUAACAAUAAUCACAGCUGCUGUCAAAUCACAUAGUGUUUCAAAUUACAAUAUGAAAAUUUCAUCACCUGUGAAGGCUGUGUCUGUGUUUUUAACUAUUUCUUGUACCAGUAUAUAAAAUAUUUUAUGAGGAAUUGGUGCCAAGUAGCUGAACAAUGGGGUGAGGGGUUCUGUUAGUAUCAAUGUUUAACAGUGUUACAAACUCUACAAUACAAAACAAUUAAAAGUAAAUUUAAAGAGACAACUAUGGUACAUUUAUUUUUGUGGUUCAAACUUCAAGCUAACUGAAGCUAACCUAUUGAGUGCCUGGCUUAUUUAAAAGAACAUUUCAUUGAUCACAAAUAAUGCUGCAAUGUACAUACUUCAUUUACAACAGGAUUCUUUUAUACUUUUGUAGAUUAUUUCAUCAAUUCAAAGAAACAUGUCAUACAUGGUUAUGUAACUUGAUUUUAUCAU